CUUCCUGUGACGUGGCGCAAACGUGUGACGCUCGCUUGCUUACUGCUGGGGCUGGUGUCGGCCGUCCAUUACCAAGCCGGCUAGAAGAGGCAUUUUUAUUCUCGUAACUUGAUAAAUGGCAGAUAUGGAGACUUCUGCAACCUCGCACAAGAAACAGAAAUUGAGCAACGCAAUCCAGAACUGGGGGAUGCAGCGAGCUACUAAUGUCACCUACCAGGCUCAUCACGUGAGCCGAAACAAACGCGGACAAGCCGUCGGGACAAGGGGAGGCUUCCGAGGAUGCACCGUGUGGCUCACAGGCCUGUCUGGAGCAGGCAAGACGACAGUGAGCAUGGCUCUGGAGGAGCACCUGGUGUGUCAUGGUAUCCCCUGCUAUACUUUGGAUGGAGACAACAUCAGACAGGGCCUGAACAAAAACCUGGGCUUUAGUCCUGAAGACCGAGAGGAGAACAUCCGCCGUAUAGCUGAGGUGGCCAAGCUGUUUGCCGACGCCGGACUUGUGUGCAUUGCCAGCUUCAUCUCUCCAUACAGCAGGGACCGGCUGAACGCGAGAAAGAUUCACGAAGCAGCAGGCCUCCCGUUCUUCGAAGUUUUUGUGGAUGCGCCGCUUGAUGUGUGCGAGCAAAGAGAUGUGAAGGGGCUUUACAAGAGAGCCAGAGCUGGAGAGAUCAGAGGCUUCACAGGAAUUGACUCUGAGUAUGAGAAGCCUGAGGCUCCUGAGCUGGUGCUGAAGACUGACUCCUGCAGUGUGAAUGAGUGUAUCCAGCAGCUACUUGAUCUUCUGCAGGAGAGGGACAUCGUACCUGUAGAUGCUUCCUACGAGGUAAAGGAGCUGUACGUGCCUGAGAACAAGCUGGACUUGGCUAAGGCUGAUGCAGAGACUCUGCCUGCCUUAGAGAUUGGAAAGGUGGAUAUGCAGUGGGUCCAGGUGCUGGCUGAGGGCUGGGCCACUCCACUCAACGGCUUCAUGAGAGAGAGGGAGUACCUCCAGUGCCUGCAUUUUGACUGCCUGCUGGACGGAGGAGUUAUUAACUUGUCCGUCCCGGUGGUCCUGCCCGUCUCGGGCGCAGACAAGGAGCGUCUAGACAGCUGCACGGCAGUGGCGCUGGUCUACAGCGGGCGGCGCGUGGCCAUCCUGCGCAACCCUGAGUUUUAUGAGCACCGCAACGAGGAGCGCUGUGCCCGCCAGUGGGGCACCACCUGCAAGGACCACCCCUAUAUCAAGAUGGUGAUGGAGAGUGGUGACUGGCUAGUGGGAGGAGAUCUGCAGGUUCUGGAUCGAAUCUACUGGAACGACGGCCUGGAUGCCUACCGCCUCACUCCCAAUGAGCUCAAACAGAAGUUUAAAGAACUGAACGCAGAUGCAGUAUUUGCGUUCCAGCUGAGGAACCCGGUCCAUAACGGUCACGCCCUGCUGAUGCAGGACACACGCAGACGCCUGAUGGACCGCGGGUAUCGCCGACCCGUGCUGCUGCUGCACCCACUGGGAGGCUGGACCAAAGAUGACGACGUGCCCCUGCCGUGGCGCAUGAGGCAGCAUGCCGCCGUGCUCGAGGAGGGUUUACUUGACCCCGCCUCCACCGUGGUGGCCAUCUUCCCCUCGCCCAUGAUGUAUGCCGGACCCACCGAGGUGCAGUGGCACUGCAGAGCUCGAAUGGUAGCCGGGGCCAACUUCUAUAUAGUAGGCCGAGACCCAGCUGGCAUGCCUCACCCAGACACAGGCAAGGAUUUGUACGACCCUUCUCACGGCGCCAAGGUCCUUACAAUGGCACCCGGGCUCAUCUCUCUGGAAAUUGUGCCCUUCAGAGUGGCAGCUUACAACAAAGUCAAGAAGGCCAUGGACUUUUAUGACCCCAAAAAUCACCAGGACUACGACUUCAUCUCAGGCACACGCAUGAGGAAGAUGGCACGAGAGGGCGAGAACCCGCCGGACGGCUUCAUGGCCCCGAAAGCCUGGACUGUCCUCAAGGAGUACUAUAAAUCCCUGGAGAAGGCGUAAGUCAGCAGCUGGGUGGAGAGGUGAGGGCUGACGGUGGUUCUGUUACAGUCUAAAUAAAGGAAGUGAUGCACGAAGGAGGGAGAAAACAACGGUCAAACACGGGGACCACUCGAACCUGUCCAGCUUUGCGUACAGAAGUGUUGUAUCGAAAAUCUUGUUGCUUACAACACACACAUCUGUUUCUUUAAGUUACUGUCUCUCUCUCUUUUUCUUUUUGUUUUUAAUUGUUCUUCAAUGGAUUUUAUGUCUCUUUCUUUUUAAAAAAAAAAAAAAAAAAAGCCUAACUUAUUGACUCCACGAGGAAAUUCGUCGCAUUUUAAAAGAUUUCAGGUGAAGAGCUUUGUCUACACAAAGGGAGAAAUUAACAGUUAAAGGUUUGAUCAUUAAUCAUUAAUUGUGAAGUGUUACGAUACAAAAUCAUCCUCAUUCUCACAAUUAUGUCUCUAUUACUGUUACAAAUAGCAUGAUAACGGUUUUCUUUUUAAGUUCGUCUCACAGAUUUUUCCCCUGUGAACGAUGUAAUCAUCAAAACCUAAACAAUGAUAUGGUGUGUCUUUGAUUAAUCAGCCAUUCUUGCCUUAAUACAGUACAUUUUAUCUGAGGUAGGGAUGCAUCGAUUCCAUAGUGCAGACUCGAGUUGCACUGCUCAGUAUUCACAGAAAUGAUGUGCCCUCCCCCAAACACCCCACCCCCACCCGAAAAUCCCUUGCUGACCCUGCUCUGCUCGAUCAGGUCAGCCAUCCUGGCACUCUGUGUUCAAAAUAAUGUUCAAGAUCAAUCAAAAUAUUUUAAAUAUUUGUUUACUAUAUUUAAAUAGGUAAGCUGCUUACAGUUCUUUCUCAGUUCACAGUCUGCUUCGCUUUGAUUGCCGUAAUUAAUCGUGAAAUACUUCUUGUCAUCUGUUCAUUAGCGUGACGACACACACCAGGAUUACGUACCGUAGUAUCGGGUUUUGGUAUUAUGAGUGUUUUACGGCGCAAGUAAACGAGAACAGCAUGAGACAGAUACCUGAUACCAGUAUCGGUAACGAUGCAUCCCUCAUCUGAGCUCGUUAAACAGAGCGGGUCAAAACACUUUCCUGAACAAUGUUACGAUGUCAUAUGACUCCAUCAGUGCAGAUGUGGUUUGGUCAUCUGCAGCCUAAACUGUAUGUUCUUUAGUGAUAUGCACUAUAUAAGACAAAAGUUUGUGGACACCUCAUCAUCAUAACCAUAUGUCCUUUUCAAACAUCGCAGUGCUGUUAUCAUUAACCUCCACUCCUUCCUCGAAGGAUUUCCGCUAGACUUUGGAUCAUUGCUGUGAGCUCAUUCAAUUCAUUCAAGAGCAUCAGUGAGGAAGUCUGGAUACAUUUGUGUGCUUUCAACUUUGUGGGAAGAACCACAUAUGGGUGUGAUGGUCAGAUGUCCACUAGUGUCACAUAGCCUUUAGACUGGCGGCAGAAGUUCUGGACUCCAGCAGCUUUUAUUGGCGAAGGAUCACUCGAGAGAUAAAUACAAAUAAAUGUAAAUAUAAGUCUAAUAUUAAAUAUUGAACUUUUUGUUCUGUGUUUCUUAUAUUCUGUAAAGCUGCUUUGAGACAAUGUCCAUUGUUAAAAGCGUGCGUGUGAAGUCCCUACAAAAACAGUCCAGUGUGCAACCGUAGAUCUUUCAUUCAAGAAAGACAAACAAAUUAAUGAUCUAUAGAGUGAACUUCACUCGGAACAAUCGGGAAAAUCCAGUGUGUAGCUGAUCAUCAGAAGUGCUCAUUGACACACCCAUAAAAACAGCUUCCUUCUUCCAUGAGGAAAGCAGAGCGUCUCAGCAGCUUUGUUUCCGAGUGGAACGUUUAAAAAAAAAAAAAAAAAAAAUGGCAUAAACAUCUCCAGGAAAUCUUGUAGAAUCCAACCAAUCAGGGGACGACUUUGAAACUCCUGAAGUGUUUACAAUUUUUGGUGUUUUGCACCAGCAGUUCGUGGACGUGAUAUCCGAGGCUGUCCACAAGCUUUUGUCCAUAUCGUCCAUCUCUGUUAUAUUGAUAUCAAAUUAAGUUAUUGGAAAGAUCUCCCCUUUUUUUUUUUAUUUUUUAAGUUGUCCAAACUUAAAAUGGACAGUCAAGAGGGUCAAGCUAUGGAAUAAUGUCUUUAAAGUUGAUUGUGUGAUUUGAAACACCUUUUACUGAUACUGAUUUAUUUCAUGAUGGGUCUGUGUCUUUUAGCUUGUCCAUAGCAUAUUCUCUCGCACACGGUUGUUUUAAUCGACUAAGAUUGGUGGUUUUUAUAGAUGUUUCUGAUUGUUAUUGUUUUUUGGCCGUAGUUGUAUUUAUUUUUGGUUAUUUUUUUCAUUAGUCAGUCCAGUAUGUAUGUGGACCAGUCAUUAGAUUUCUAAUCUGUUAUUUAACCUUUCAUACCUUUUCAGCAUUGUCUUUGUUACUACAUUGUCUCUAAUAAACCAUUCCAAGCAAACUGA